AUGGAACCUUUAUUGGUACUGAAGGAAUUAAACGCAACAAAAUCAACGGAAUCUACGGGUACAAAAGAGGAUGUUCUAUAUCAGAAAGACGUAUCAUUUUCAGCAGAACUAGAAAUAGCCCCGUCCAAUAGAAUUAAUAAAACUAUUGUUAGCGAAAAACAUUCCGAGGAGAACAUAUUAACAACAUCACCGACAAUACAGUAUGAUAUAAAAGAAACAAAUUAUACUUAUACUGGAGAAAUAUCUAAACAAAUCGAUGGAUUUAAAAGUUUGAUAGAAGAUGGAGUCAGCAAAACUGAUAUAAAUAUAAUUUCCGAGGACAAAUUAAAAGAAGCCAAUCUUGAUAAUGUUAAAGUAACAACACUCGGUCCGAGUUUGGAACAAAAGGUGCCAGGUGCGACAGUGGCGCCGCCGUGGACUGCUGCGGUCGAAAGCUGUGACUGCGAUUCCUGUAAUGGCGCACGAUGCUCCUGCCCACUCAGUAACAAAUGUAAAUCAGACAUAAAAAUCUCAACGCCUCGUUUCUCCGGCACAUCGUGGGUGGCGCUGCACGCGCUGCGAGGCGCGUACAAACGCGUGCGAUUACGUUUACGCGUGCGGCCUGAGCGCGCGCGCGGAAUACUACUUCUCACCGGCGAACAUGACGACCUCUCGGGGGACUAUUUGGCACUACUACUAAGAAACGGACAUUUGGAAUUAAGAUUUGACUGCGGCAGCGGCGCUGGAAUCCUUCGCUCACCGGAGCCAAUACGUCUGGGAAGAUGGAACACGGUGUCCGUGUACCGGCAUCGCUGGGACGCCUGGCUUAGACUAAAUAACGGCAAACGAGUCCGUGGACGAUCUAAGGGUCUAUUCUCCCGGAUGACGUUCCGUGAACCAGUAUGGGUCGGCGGCGCUGGCAACACAACUGGGCUUCAGAACAAACUGAGUCUUUCAGAAGGUCUGCUCGGCUGUGUAGACUUUCUGAGAAUAAAUGGCGACACAUACAGAUUAAUGAAAGACGCAAUCUCCACACAAGAUAUUGCGGAAUGCGCACCAACUUUAGCACCUUGGAAACCGUACAAAGAAGAGACUACAAGUGAAAUUGUACAUCACAAGCAUUCAGAUAACCACGCAAUAUAUGAUAUCAAUGAUAUUGUACAUUUUGAAGACAACGAUAUUGUUAUGAGAGACGCAAAAACAACAGACGAAGAAAACAAAAUGGACAACUCACUUGAUAUGUUCAAACAUUACGAUUAUAAAAAAGUGAACAUUCUUGAUGUUGAUAAUGAUUCGAAAGAUGUUAAAGUUAACGGUGAUGAAGUUAAAAAUGAUGAAGUAAAAGGUGAAGAGAAAUGUGAAUGUGAACAUGGCGGUGGCUGCGUAGGUGGAGUGUGUUUAUGUCCUUUAGGAUACGCCGGUGUUAAAUGUGAAAUAACAUUAGAUCUAAAGGUUCCUCGCUUCAAUGGCUCGUCCUACCUUCGUCUGCCGAGUCUUGGUAACUCUGCGCAGUCAUGGCUCGAUAUACAGAUAACAUUAAAGCCGACAAGUGGAGAUGGUUUAGUGCUAUACGACUCACAGCGGCAGAGCGGCGACGGAGAUUUCUUCUCGUUGCAUCUCAGAGAUUAUUUCGUUGAGUUUGCAUUUGAUCUGGGAUCGGGGAUAGCACUUGUCAGAUCAGCGUAUCCAUUAGAAGGCAACGCGUGGCACAAGAUAUCCGUCAGUCGGUCGGGACGUCGCGCGUCACUGCGCGUGCGGCCCACCGACAUGACGCCGCGCCUGGUGUCGGGGCCGACAGCGCGCCAGGUGACGGACACGACGCGCUCGGUGACGUCACACGGCGCGGCGCGGCGACUGACACUGACGCAGCCGAUGUUGUUGGGAGGCGCGCCGCAUCCGUUGCCGCCGAGGUUGGCGCUCAAGUCAUCUUUCAGUGGUUGCGUCGCACAGCUGGUAAUCAACGAUGAAGAGUUAUCUGUGGUAUCUUCAGCUCUCGGUGGAGUCAACGUCGACAACUGCGACGAUCCGAAGAAUAAUUCUUGCUUAGACAAGAACCUAUGCAAAGAAUCAAUACAACCAUUCCAUUAUUUGAAUAUAUCCGAAAACGAGAUCCAUCACUCCAUAGUCGCGAAGAAAGGAUUCAAAUUAAAAUAUCACAAAGUAAAAUCGAAGAAACAUCAUCAUGCUGAGAAAUACAAGAAAUAUUUAGCUAAAAACCAGUAUAUUCAGAACGAUGAGCCGGUAGACAAUGUACCAACAGACGGGCCUUACGAUGGUCAGACGUACAUGCAAGUUAAAUAUUUAAAUGGUAACGAAAUUAAUUGGGGAGAUACAAAUUCAUAUCCAAGUUUCACCGGCAUAGAUAGUUUCAUACAUAUUGAUGAUGAAGAAACUAUGAAAAGACUGGUGAGCUACAGUCUGGACAUCAACGUGCGGUUCCGCGCGCAGACACCGCACGGCCUGCUCGUGUGGACUGGCCGCGCCCGCACGCGUGACCCCACUGAACCCAGUGACCCACGUGACCCACGUGACCCCAGUGACACACAUCACAACGGAGACUUCCUCUCCCUAGCCAUAGAGAACUCCGUGCUAGUGUUCAGAUACGAUUUGGGCAGCGGAGAAGUGGUAAUUAUAGCAAAUCAUACAAAAGUGGACGACGGCUUGUGGCACCGGGCACGCGCUACAAGGAACCGUCAAGCGGGUGUGCUAGAAGUGGACGGACUGGGUUCCGUCGGUAAGAUAUCGCCCGGGAAACUCAAACAGCUUAACACUGAGAAUGGACUCUAUAUAGGAGGGUUGCCAUCAAUAGAAUUGAACACGAUGGGAAAAUAUAAAAGUGGUUUAAUAGGAUGCGUGUCGCAAAUAUCAUUGAGUGGAGAUUUUGAUAUACCACUAUCAUUGUCAAAACUUCCUCACACAAUCACAAACAACGUGGGGAGAUGCGUUCCAUAGUAAAAGAUGAUUUAAAUGAACACGAGUUCAUUUAAAUAAUCCAAAAUAAGUUCAUUUUAUACGAGCAAAGUUCAUUUAUUUUAUCUAUGAAAUGUAGAAUUUGUGUGCAAAUGUUAGAUUGUAUUUAAUUUCUAAGUGCAUUUAAUUUUUAUACGAAAAAUAAUUUAAAUUUAAAGAGUUUUGUAACUCUAAUAACAUAUCAAAUUAACAUCGGUGGCAAUAACACUACAAUAUGUCAUUUGAUAAAUGGUGUUGCCAUAAAAAUGAACUACCAAUACCUAGUCAAUUUAGAUUAUAAGUAAUAUUAACAGUCCUUAUGUCCUUUCUGUAAUUUUUACGAUUUCCUUCAAUAUCUUUUUUUUUGUUAUCUUUUUUCCAUGAGAAUGGAUAAAGUUUUCGAAGUGCUUUACUAUCUAGUAAAUAUGAAAAGAACUAAUUGUAAUGUUAUACUAAAAUAUAGUUGUACAAGUACGUUUGCACGCGUAAUCAUUUCAGGCCAGGGUCGGAUUAGAAAAAUACAAAAAAAUGUCUUAUGAAUGUAUAAAUCGUUUUAUGACUCGAAUUUAAUUCUUACCUAAAUGAAUUAGUUAAAAAACAAAGACUAAAAUUAAAUAACACAAUUAUAUCAAAAAUUGGUCAAAGUAAAAUAUGUAAUUGCUAACUUUUGAGAAUCCUUCUGGGACGCCAAUUUAAUCUAUUGAUACUACGUUGCUGUAUAAAAUUAUUUAUAUGUACUAUGAAGUUCAUAAUCCGGCCCUGCAUACUAAAUUAGUUAAUGGAAUAGAUGCAAUUUGUUACAAGAGUGUUUAUAAAUAUAAUUAAUGUAUACUUAGCGUUUGUAUAUGAGAAUGUUUUCAUAUGGACGUGGUUUAGAGUUACGUAAUUAGAUACUGAUACAAUAGUAUUUGUGUAUUGAAUUGAGCUUUUAUAUUAAGGUUCAAAGUGUUGCCAGGUGAAUACAAAAGUAUAAUUUGUUGAAUUUAUCUUCUAGUCUCUGUCUUAAAGAAGCUGUAAAACCGUAAAGUUUUAUUUAUAUGUACAUAAUUUAUGUACUAAACCGGUAUAUACGUAUAUGAAAAAUAAAAAAUUAAGACAAAAAUAUUUCAGGGAGCAGAAAUGCACUUUACUUUUUACAAUUUUCAAACCCUUUUUUAUUCAUAAUCAAUUUAAAGUAUGUAUUUACUAGAAUUUAAACGCAAAAAGCUAACUUUUUAAAAUUAUUCUUUAAACUAAAUUGCCAUUUAAAUCUUACAGAAUCACCUGGCAACACAGGCCGUCACAUUUUUAUUAUUUCUCUGCCGACCGCUGAUUUGCAUUGCUUGAAGUUUCCAACACAAACGUUUGAGCACGGCGUAGUCAUUGUUAUAGAGUAUAUUUAUCCAGUAGAAUAAUGAAAUGCUUAAAAUCAUGUGAAAUGAGCAAAAACAACUUUAAGUUUUACCAAAGAGUACCAAUCUUAUCGACUUUGUAAGUUUUUUUGAAAAAUUCUCCAAAUUAUUCCAA